AUGAAAAGAGGUGGUCGGAUAAUAUAUAGUGGUUCACUAGGUCCAAAUUCUUGCAACAUGAUAAAGUAUUUCGAGGCUAUACCAGGUGUUCCUAGAAUAAAAGAGGGCCAAAACCCAGCAGCAUGGAUGUUGAAUGUUAGUUCACACACAACAGAAUACGAGAUUGGACUGGACUACGCAGAAAUUUAUCAACGCUCCUCUCUAUACAAGGAGAACAUAAUUCUAGUUAAUGAGCUUGGAAAACCAACACCAAACACAGAGGACCUACAUUUUCCUCCAAGAUACUGGCAAAACUUUUGGGCACAAUGCAUGGCUUGCUUGUGGAAACAAAGAUGUGCAUAUUGGAAAAACCCAGAACACAAUGUUGCUUGGUUCCUAAACACGUUUGUUCAAUCAAAUAUGUUUGGAAUUGUAUUUUGGCAAACUGGAUCAACGAUUAAACAACAACAAGAUAUAUUCAACAUACUAGGACUCAUAUAUGGAACAUCACUAUUUCUAGGCUUUAAUAAUUGUACUAUGUUACAACCGGUUGUGGCUGUGGAGAGGGUUGUUCUCUAUCGAGAAAAGGUGGCAGGCACAUACUCCACCUUGGCCUAUGCCAUAGCUCAAGUGGCAAUUGAAUUGCCUUACAUGCUUGUCCAAGUGUUCAUGUUCGCGGUAAUCAUUUACCCAAUGAUUGGAUUCCAAAUGACGGCUGACAAACUCUUUGAGUUUAUCCUUUACAUGGUGUUAAGUUACAUGUACUACACACUCUUCCGGAUGAUGACAGUAGCACUCGCACCAAACGUUGAGAUAGCUUCUGGAUUAGUCUACCUUAUCUUCCUCUUUUGGAACAUCUUCUCCGGCUUCAUCGUUGGAAGAUUGCUAAUCCCAGUGUGGUGGAGGUGGGCGUAUUGGGCAAACCCAGCAGCAUGGACGGUGUAUGCACUCAUGUUCUCUCAGCUGGGCGACCGUACAGAGCUAAUUCUUGUGCCUGGGCUGCCAGACCAGACCGUGAGGGACUUCCUCGAGAGCUACCUUGGCCUUGAAGACGUCUACAUGAACCUUGUCACCUACCUACAUGUUGCCAUUAUCGCCUUGUUUGCCACUGUCUUCUUUAUCUCCCUGAAGUACCUCAAUUUCCAGCGGAGAUAG